AUGGUGGCGCAAAUAAGUGAAGGCAACUUUACAUCCACAAUCUACGGUUACAUAAGAGAGAAGAAGUACGCCGAAGCGAUUGAGUCGCUGAAUAUACAGCGCUACGCACAUCCAACUUCAAGAGCUGCACUCUCUCUCCUCGCUUUCUGUUAUUUUCAGACGCAGGACUUUGUACAGGCCUCAGAUUGCUACGAACAGCUGUCGCAGUUAUGCCCAAAUCACCCAACCUACCGCCUCCACUUUGCACUCUGCCUUCACCGCGCAGGUCUUAAUGAAGCUGCAAUGCAGGUUGCUGCUUUAGUAGCCGCAGAGUCGGAGCAACCGGAGAUUAGAGAGCGUGUCGUAAAGCUGCAGGCUGCCAUCCGCUACGGCACUGACGAUGUUGCCGGUGCAGCCGCCUUCGUUCACCAAUGUUCUACUGAGGAUCCCGAUACGGGUAUUAAUAUCGGCUGCCUUCUCUACCGAGAAGGAAAGUACAACGAGGCUUGUAAACGUUUCCAACAGUCACUAUCAAUUGUUGGAUUCCAAUCUGCUUUGGCUUACAAUGUGGCGCUGUGUUACUAUCAAAUGAAACAAUAUGCCCAAGCACUAAAAUAUAUCGCGGACAUAAUUGAGAGGGGAAUUCACGAUCAUCCCGAGUUGGGCGUGGGAAUGAUUACUGAGGGUUUGGAAGUGCGAAGUGUGGGAAACACAACCACUCUACAUGAGACAGCUCUAGUAGAAACAUUUAAUUUAAAAGCGGCGAUUGAGUACAACCUGGGUAACUUGAUGGCAGCACGAGAGGCUUUGACAGACAUGCCGCCGCGUUCAGAGGAAGAAUUGGACCAUGUAACCCUACAUAACCAGGCCCUUAUGAACAUGGACAUCGCACCUGCUGCAGGAUUCCAUAAACUUCAGUUCCUACUACAACAGCCCACAUUUCCUAGGGAAACUUUUGCUAACCUCCUUCUUCUCUACAUAAAAUACGAGUACUUUGACCUUGCGGCUGAUGUGAUGGCUGAAAACACUGCUUUGGCCUUUGAAUACUUAACUCCAGAAUUGCAUGAUUUCAUUGAAGCCGUAAUCAUGCGCCAGUCAGCUCCUCAGGAUGCCUACAAUCGGCUCGAUCAAAUGUCAGGCAAAUGCACAGAACAUUUGCGAAAUCUUACCAAACGGAUACAGGAAGCACGAAAAGCACUGGAUGACGAGGCAUUAAAGGUGGCUGUGAAUGAGUACGACAUGACAAUUGAAAAGUAUAUUCCGAUUCUUAUGCAGCAGGCAAAAAUAUACUGGGAUGCCCAAAACUAUCAACAGGUAGAGCGUAUCUUUCGAAAGUCGGUGGAGUUCUGCAACGACCACGAGACAUGGAAGCUGAACGUGGCGCAUGUGCUCUUCAUGCAGGAGAACAAGUAUCGUGAGGCGAGCGAGUUCUACGAGCCCAUCGUCCGUCGUCACUUCGAGUCUCUGAUGAGCAUUAGUGCCAUAAUCAGCGCCAACCUCUGUGUCACCUACAUCAUGACGGGUGAGAAUGCAGACGCGGAGAAGUUGAUGCGUAAGCUGGAAAAGGAGGAGGAGGCAGCAGCCUACGAGGAGGCUCCACUUGGACUUGGUGGCGGAGGAGGUGGAGAGCGGAAAGUUUUCCACCUCUGUAUUGUCAAUCUUGUCAUCGGCACUCUCUACUGUACCCGUGGUAACUACGACUUUGGUAUCAGCCGAGUCAUUCGCAGUUUGGAGCCAUACCAGAAAAAGUUGGGAACGGAUACGUGGUACUAUGCCAAACGCUGCUUUUUGUCAAUGAUUGAGAAUAUGGCCAAACACAUGAUUAUGAUUAAGGACUCAGUGCUGAUGGAUUGCCUCGAUUUUCUGGAGCAUUGUGAAAUAUAUGGGCGAAACGUUAAAGUGUUCGCCGACCAGCCACUGGAUGGAGCUCAAAUCCAUCCUGGCCAGAAUACAGUCACAUACGAAGCACGCAUACUGAAAUCACUUCUGCUGGAAAUUAUGAAUACCUGA